AUGUUGAGCAGAACAAGAAGGGUUUUUUUUAGCACAGUAAAAAGUAGCAACUUAUAUCUAACCAUAUCUUCCUCUAGUGAAUCCAUAUUUAGAAAUCAAAUAAUUAAAAGGGCUUCGUUUCCAGGAAUUGAAGGAUAUUUCACUAUAACCAAUAACCACAGUCCCCUAGUUACCUUAUUAAGAAAUGGGUUAAUUACUGUCGAAUUUGAUGAUAAAGAAAAGAAACAAUUUUUUAUAUCAGAUGGAAUAUUUAUAUAUAAAAAAAGUAAUGACAACAGUAACAGCAAUAAUGCUGAAAUCGUAGGUGUUGAAAUUGUACCACUAGAAUAUUUGGACAAAAAUAAAACAGUUAAAGUCUUACAGCAGAUGUGUGCAAUAAAUGACGCCACUGAUGAUAAAUGGAGAAAAGUUAAGACCAUGUUGGGGAAAGAGUUAUGUUCUUCAAUUCUUCGCUUUGCUUCAUGA